CAAUAAAAAGGUUGAUAUUUUUGAUCCAAGAAAAAUAUAAAUUUGGACUCAUAGGCGUCGGUUAUGUAGAAGCCGUUAAAAAGAGAAAAAAGAUGUUCGCGCGAAGAGUCUCCUCUCUGUUCUCGAUCCUAACCAAAAGAUCACAAAGUCGCUUGCUUUCGGAUUCAGCGACUUCUACUCAAAAUUGGGUAUUUACUGGGUUUCGCCACAACUCGCAAGCAACUCGAUCAUAUGCAAGUGGGAGAGGUAAAGACUACAAUCUAUUUGACAAUGUGAAACCUGGUGAUGAUGACUUUAGAAAAGCCUGGGAGAAAGAUAUGGGGGAUGAUGAUACUCUAUGGUCGGGAAGUGAGGACGAAGGCGAUGAUAAUACAAAACAAGCAAGUGGAAAAACCCGCCUUGAAAAAGAGAUCAAGAAAGCUAGACAAGAAGCUAAAGAUAGCUCUGAUCCAGUUGAUGCGGAUGAUAGUGAUGAACUAUACAGUGUUUGGUCAGGAAGUGAUGAGGAAAAAACUUUGUGGACUGGCGAUGAAGGUGAUGAUGACGACGAUAUUCCAACAGAGCCACGCCCGAACGAGGCAUCUGAUAAAUACUUAGAUAAGCUGUUUGAGUUUGAAGAGAAACCAAAGUACAGGACAAUCUCUGAGUUGUUGAAAUCUGAGAAUGAACCUGAGGAGCUUUCACCGGGUAAACAGGCGAGGAAGCUUGCUGUUGAGAACGCGCUGAAGAAACUGAACAAAGGGCCUGAUGGACGCUACACAAACGUGUGGGAAGUAAUGAGUGAUGUCGACAUUCUGAUUGGAGCGUUCGAGAACAUUAUCUCAGGACCUGAAUAUGAAGAGCUAAGAAAAGGUGGACCCAAGAGACUGAACAUGCAGUUCUUCAAGGAUAUACAAACUCGAAUGAGAGAUCCAAACUUCAAAUUCACCCCUGAAAUAAAGUUGAAGCCAAAGAGUAAACUAGUGCCUAGGAAGAAAUGGCAGAAGUCACAAUCCAGAAUAAGGAAGGCGAAGAAGCGGUAAAAGCUUCUUGCUUGCUCAAAGGAUCUAGAUAGAUUAAUAGGUUUAAAGCAAUGCUUAUAGAGAACACCAAAAAGCAUCAACGAUAAUGACUGGAGUCUUAUGGCUGUUUCAUUGUAAUGCGGUACCGUGAUGAAACAGCUUUCCUUUGCCGUGA